AUGACGGCCAAGGACAAGGAGGCCCUUGAACUCCGCGCACAAAUACAGCAGCACCUAGUAGAGUCUGGUAACUACGAGCGGAUAUCCAACAAGCUAGCACAGAGACUACUAGACGAGGGAUGGAUCGACCAAGUCAAGAAACUCACCAGAGAGACCAUGGAGGACGAUAACACCACCAAUUUUUCCGAAGUGCUAAAACGUGUGGAACCGGAGGCGGUGAGCCUGGUCUCUGCCAACACAAAGAACGAGAUUAUGCAGCAAAUUAAGGCAUUUUUGUGUGAUAUCUUGGACACACAGUAG